AUGACUGAUUGGAGAUCUCGGAGACAGGUGCAGUAUCCUGUUGACAACCUUGGUCAGAAUGUGCCUUCAAAUCGGAUUCUGCAAGUUCAGGAGCCAUAUGCUUUGUAUCAUAUCAACAAAAAGUUGACUUUGGAGCCUAAGAUUACUGUCAAUGCAAGAAUUGUGGUUGUUGGAGCAAGUGAUGUUGGGCUCUCGUUUCUUGAGACUUUAUCAUUCAGUCCACAUCUGCAUUUUAACAACUUGACUCUAAUCUCUCCUCAAGGCUUGCCAUGGCAUUCAGCACCGGAUGACAUAUUGGACAACAUGCUACCACAAGGAUAUUACAGUCGAACUACUCAUGAGCACAUGUCAACAAUGACUUGGGUGAAUGUAGUAAAAGGGAAAAUGACAGCAAUUGACAGAGAGAACAAGGUUGUGACUGUUAUGCCUGGCGUUCAAGUGGCUUAUGAUCUGUUGGUGCUAUGCUGUGGAAAACAAUUUCAAAUGCCAUUACCUCAGCAUGGAAUGACACCAAAUCAUGUAUAUGUUUUAAAUAAUGAAAAAGAUUGCAAGAUUGCUAUUCAGGCUGCCAAGAGUAAGAAUGAAGGUUCCAUUAUUGUGUAUGGUGCUUCAAUUGCUGCUUAUACUUCUAUCCACGCACUCCUCUCAUUGGGUAUUGAAAGUCAUCAUGUGAAACUUGUCCAACCUCCCAGUACCUAUAUAAGUUGCUUCAAUGAUCCUUCAGUUGACCAGAAGGUUAAAAAGGCCCUACAAGAAUUAGAUGUUAUUGUGUAUGAGAACUGCAAGUUGGUUGAGUGGAAUGAUGGCCAUCUAGUUGAGGGAGGUGAUCUUCAGUCAGUCACUUUUCUUCAAGGAGAAAACAGUGUUUGUUUGGAAUGCUCAAUUUUCAUUUGUUUUGAUCACAUGGGAGUUGAUUAUGAAGCAUUCAAAGCAAUCAAUGACUGUUGCCUUGUGUUUGAUGGUCAUCUGGUUGUCGAUGCUGAUUUCUGUACAAGUGACUGUGCUAUUCGUGCUGCUGGAUCCCUGACAAAGUUUUCUAGACGCUAUCAUGCUGAUCAGUGGAGUUUAGGUCACUUUAACUCGAGAGAAGUUGGGCAAAAGCUAGCUUUUUCUGUAUUACGAGAUUAUGACCCAAUAGCAGAGCAGAAGAAGACACAAGCAGAUGAUAAAUCUCCUCCUGUUCUUCCAUUAUUUGAAUGCUCCAAAGUAGUGACAGCUACACUUCCUGGUGGUCUUUCUUACCUUCAUGUGAUGCCCCCAGCAUUAGACACACCAUUUGACGUUGCUAAACAACAUCAUCAUUAUGGAAGAGAUUUUGUGACUGACGUUCUUGAUGCUGGCUACUUUAGAAUUCAAGUUGAUGCAUUCAGCAGAGUUCGUCAGUUGACAUGUCUUACUAAACAGCACCUGGAUAUUAACAAUCUGGUGACACUGUAUAAUUUGAAUGAGAAGUACCUCAACAGUCUUGUCUCAAGGUUUGAUGAAGGCCUUAUUUCAAACUUUUACAGUUACUUCCAAGAGCCAUGGGCUGUAGCUAUAUUCCAUGAUCGAUUCUCAGAAUUUGGCAUGGAUCUGAAUCAACUUGUAUCAUCUAGAAGUAUCCCAAGUGUUCCAUCACUAAAGGAACGCGUAUGUGGGAUGCUGAAAAACGACUUAGAGCUUCCCCACUCUGAAAGGACUUUACUUCAAUCUGACUAUGAGAAUUCUCAAAUGAAGAAGCUGGCACACCAAAGGCUCUUGAGUUACCUGCAUUACAAUCGUUAUCAUCUUCCUAUGUAUGCUCGACCUAAUAUGGUGUGAAUUAACUGCAUGUAGGACAAACGAAUACAAACGAAACGCUUUAGUACUGUAGUCUGUUCUUCAUUAUACGUUGUCUGCAAGCUCCUGUAGAGGGUUGUUACAAAACGUUGCAAUUCUCAAACGAUCUAUUGGAAAUUUACUGCAACACAAGUCUCCAGCGCUCGCGACCUCAAAACUCGUUAAUAUUAAUUUCUAACACUUUCUGUCGUUACAUACCUCCCCCUUAAGAAACUGCGCGUUAUCGCGGAGUUUAUACUAAACAAAUGUAACAAUAGUUUAGUCUCUUCUGAGCAGCCAAUCUGCACACUGAUUCUCUUUCCCAUGAAUGUGGGUAACAUGGAACUGGUACUGCUGCAACACUAAACUCCAUCUUGCCAACUUUUGGUUUCUCUCCCUCAUGCGGUGCAGCCACGUCAAGGUGCGUGGUCCGUCUGUAGGUCAAACUCUCUCCCAUAGACAUAAAUAUGGGUACCCUUGAUCGCCCAGACUAUUGCCAGACACUCUUUUUCGAUGGUAGAAUAGUUGCGUUCUCUUGGCUGUAACUUUCUGCUUAGAAACGCUAUAGUACGUCGUUGCCCACCCACAUAUGGCAGUAAUUUGGCUCCGAUUCCUCUUUCUGAAGCAUCAGCGCGUAUCACAAAGCGUUGGUCAUAAACUGGGUUUGCCAGAACAGGAUAAGUGCAGAGGGCUACUUUUAGUUUCUGGAAUGUGUUCUCACGGUGCAUCAUUCCACGUGACCUCCGAUGUUGAUUGCCUCUUCUUCGUCAAAUCUGAUAGAGGAUCUGCAAUGUCGGCAUAACUAGGUAUGCAUCUCCGGUAGUACCCCGUGAGACCCAAAAAGCUCCGCACAUCCUUCUUGGUGAAAGGCCUUGUACUAUCUCUAAUCACCCGCACCUUGUCUUCAGUUGGUUUAACCUGACCCCUCCAACCACAUAACCUUGGUAAACAACCUGCUGUGCCCCAAGUUGGCACUUCUCUGGUUUGGCAGUCAGACCCGCUUCUGACAAGCGUGUGAGGAUCUGUUCCAGGUGCAACAAGCACUAAAUAUGACGAUGUCAUCCAGAUACACUAGUGCAAAACUCUGACAGCCUCUCAACACCUUGUUUACCAGCCUUUGAAACGUUGUCGGGGCACCACGCAGUCCGAACGGCAUCCUCUUGAAUUCGUACAGUCCACUGGAGGUGACAAACGCUGUCCUCUUUAUGGAAUCUUCACUCACAGGCACCUGCCAAUAGCCUCUUGUCAAGUCUUGCUGGUCCUAACUGGUCAAUGACACCCUCCAUCCUAGGCAUAGGGUAGGCGUCAAAUUUGGACACUGUUCAAUUCUCUAUAGUGUACGCAGAAUCGCACAGAGCCAUCCCAUUUCGGCACCAAAAUUACAGGCGAAGACCAGUCACUCUGAGACUCUUGAAUAAUAUCCAGAUCAACCAUCCUUUGGAUUUCCUUCUUGACCACUCCCUCUUGAGACCGGGGCGUACGAUAGGGUUUCUGCUGCACUGGUCUAGCGGACCCAGUGUCAAUUCGGUAUUCUACAACACUUGUACGACCAGGUAGAUCGCUGAAGACCGCUGAAUCUCUAUCUAGGAUACCCUCAACUCGCUACGUUGCUUGGCAGAGAGAUGUUCGUCUACUACUGUGAGUUGGUCCUCUGUUACUAGUAGGAACCUCGAGUAGAUCUCCUUCAUCUUUAACAAUGGCUUCCAAAACGUCCAUUGUGUUUGUUCCCGUAGGGCUAUGCCAUGCCCUUAGCAUGUUCACGUGAAACACUCGAUGCCGCUUCCAUUUACCUUUCAUGUCUACUUUAUAGUCUACUGGACCCGUUGUUCUACUGACCUCAUACGGUCCUUGCCACUCUGCUGCAAGCAUUUUGCUGGAUGAUGACAAUAAUACCAGAACCUUGUCCCCUUCCUUGAAUGACCUGUCUCUGGAUCUGCGAUCGUAGUAUGACUUCUGCUUCCUCUGUGACUCCACUUGAUUUUCAUGAGCUAUGAUCCUCAUGGCUGCUAUGCGCUCUCGUAUCUUUAAAACAUACUCAACAGCACUGUCACUGGAUCUCUUGUCUCUCUCCCAGGAUUCCUUA